GCUCCGUGCUCGGGCACGUGCCUGGCGCGGUCCGGAUCCUCGCGCUCCGCUCCGGGACUUCCAGGUCUGCUGACAGAGCCGCUUCACCAGAGCAGUCCCCCAACUGAUCCCUCCGCGGGGUCAGACACACUUUUUACACAACACAAACAAAUAUUCCCGGUGCCCGCGUGGAGGCUUGCACACCGGCACUUUUCACAGGCCGAUCCUCGGUACACGCCGCCCGUGUCUGGGUCUGACGGGAGCGUGCGGCCCGGCGAGGCGGGACGUGUUUUGCGGGACCUACUUCCUCUGCUGGCACUGACAGGCGGUGGUUCGGUUGCUCCCAAACAUGGCCUCCGUGACGGAGCGACCGCUUCAACUUUAAUUUUUCGCCAGUUUUCGGAGUAAAAACCGCGCUUUUCCCUCCGUGCUCCGCCGGGAAUGUUCCGCCGGAGACCCGGCCGUGCCAGGCGUGUCAAACGGAGGCUGAGGUUGGCAGAAGUUCGCUGCUGGCUUUGAAGUCGUCGCUCUAAGUUGGCUGAAAGCUGGAGAGGAAAAAGAGAAUUGCAUCGAAUCAAAUGCCAUCUGAGGCUCAGCCUCAGGAGCCUCGGGACAGAGGGCCACCCCCUCCCGUCACUCGGGCUGGCCGCAGCGCUCAGCUGGCCAAAGCCACUGCUUCUAGCCCCGCCCCUGAGAGGCGGCCCCGUGGGCGACCGAGGAAAGAUGGGAGCAGCGGGCGCUCUGGACCUGCUGCCCCGCCUCCUCCUCCACCACCUCCUCCCCCUCCGCCCCCCAAAUCAAGAAAGAAGGGGCGGAGCCGAGGACGAGCUCAGGUAGAGGAUGAAGAGAGCAUGGAUGCCACAGAGACGAAGCCCCUCCAGAAGACAGAGGUGAAGGCUCAGACCACACGGCGGCAGCGCUCCACCUCCAGGAGAAAAUCCAAAACAAGCUCUGAACCUGCCCAGGACGAGCCCAGUCCAGAUCCUGAUCCUGAUCCUGACCCGGAUCCAGGACCGGUGCCCCCCGACCCUGAGCUGGCUCCCAGUGCUGAGGAGGGGGAGGUGGAGGACAGACUCCACUCAGAGGCUCCGCCCCUAGCCUCUAGCCCUCUUCUCCCCCCCUCCAGCCCUCCAUCCCAAUCCCAUCAUCUUGAUCCUGUUCCUGAUCCUGAUCCUGUGGAGGAAGACCAGCCCAGUCCGAGUCACAGCCCCACCCCUAUGGAUGUGGACUGCAGCCUGGUUCCCAUAGAAGUAGAGGAGGACGGGGCCGGCCCCGUGGAGCAGAGUCCGGCCGUCAGUCCCCGCUCCAGUCCUCCAGUGUCCCCCUGUCUGCGGUUGGAGGACGAGGACUCGCUGUCCCCGCUGUUCCAGCGGUCUCUGUCGGAGGACUCCGGGGGCUCGCCCACCCCCAGCCUGGGACACACCAAAAAAAGGCUGAAGCAGUGUGCCUUCUGUUACCACGGCGACGAGCCUCCUCUGGGCCAGGGCCGGCUGGUGGUGUUCGGCCCGACGCCCGGCUACAUCCCGCUCCACAUCCUCAAUCGCCGCGCCUCCUCUGACCGAGACAACGACUGCCACGACCACUGCUACCGCGGCAGCCAAGCCCCGGCCACGUGCUGCAGUCCAGAACAGUGUGAGUCUUCCUCAGAGUUCCUUAAGCAGCUUGGACCCAUCGGCCUUCCUCAUGACAUCAACGUCCAAUCACUGUUUGACCCCACAGGUCAGUGCUGUGCUCACCUGCAGUGUGCCACUUGGUCAGAGGGGGUGUGUCGAGGCGAGGGACAAUCACUGCUCUACGUGGACAAAGCCAUCGACACAGGAAGCACACAGGUGUGCGCGUUCUGCCGGCAGCUCGGAGCUUCGCUGCGUUGUCAGGAGAUGGACUGUGGGCGGUGCUACCACUUCCCCUGCGCUGCUGCUGCCGGAGCCCACCUGGACUGGAACCAGAGGCGCACACUGUGUACAAGGCACGCACAUGCAGGGUCCUCGCCACCCUGUGCUCUGUGCUCUGGCGGCGGUGAGCUUGGCAGCCUGUUAAUGUGCUGUUGUUGUGGUAACCGUUACCAUGGCAGCUGCGUGGACCCCUCUGUGGCCCCCUCCCCUUUCUGCCGGGCCGGCUGGCAGUGUCCUCAGUGUCGCGUGUGUCAGAGCUGCAGGCUGCAAGGCGAUGAAGCUGCGUUAUUGGUGUGUCAGCGCUGCGAUAAAGCCUACCACACACACUGUCUCACACCACCUCUGGAUCACACGCCGAGCACCGGCUGGAGCUGCAAGAACUGCAGAGUCUGCUGCCGCUGUGGUGUCAGGUCAUCAGGCCAGUGGGCCAAUCACCUGUUUCUGUGCGAGUCGUGUGACCCAGCAUUGCCCUGCCUUCUCUGUGGCCACACCCCCGACCUCUACACACCACAGGAGUGCGUGACCUGUGUCUGCUGCUAUAGGUUUGUCCAUGCAGACUGCAGCAUCCAGGCCGGGGAGGGCAAGGUGGGGUCCAAAGUGUACAUCUGCUCCACGUGCAGACCUCAACAGGAGGAGCCAAACCCACACAGUCCCACAUUGGCAUCAGCUGCCGCCCUUAGCCCCUCACAGACUCCACCCAGUAGCAUUCCACAGCCGUCGGUCUCAACGUGCACAGAGGCUCCACCGGCCAGUCCUGUUGGUCAACUCGUCCCUGAGGAGCCGCCACAGAGAACAACAAAGUCCCUCAGUGCACCAUCACCACCAAGUCUUACGUCAUCUCACACCGACUCCCAGGAGCUCCUGAAUAAUCCACUGUCAGUUCUUCCUCAGUCUACAGGGCUCCAACAGAGUUCUACAACAUCUCACCCUGAAGCCAGUGAACCCCAACAGAGUCCUCUAUCGUCUCAUUCUGAGGGUAUGGAGACACAACAGAGUUCUCUGCCAGUUCUCCCUGAGUCCACAGAACUCCAAGGAAGUUCUGUAUCAUCUCAGCCUGAAGCCACGCUUCAACAGAGUCCUCCACCAACUCUCCCAAAGUCCACAGAACUCCAAGAAAGUCUUUUAUGUCACCCGGUUUCUGCCAAACUCCUAGAAACUCCCAAAGUUCUCCCACAAAGUGGAUGGAGCAUGGAGUUGGAACAAAGCCCUUCACAAUGUCAAACUGAUCCCACAGAGCUCCAACAAAGUCCUCCACCAUCUCACCCGUAUCCUGUGGCAGUCCAGCAAAGUUCCUCACUAGCUCUUACAGAGCUCCCUCCUUCUGCUGAACUCCUUCUGAAGAGUUCUUUACCAUCUAGCCCUGUUCUCAAGGACCUCCAGCAAAGUCCUGCAUCAUCUCCCAUGGAGCUCCAACAAAGUUCCUCGCCUACUCCUGUAGAACACCAACAAUUUUCUGCACCGUCUCCCAAAGAACUCCCAGACAGUCCUACACCAUCUCACCCUCUUUCCACAGAGCUGCAGCAAAGCCCUCCACCAUCUCCCAAAGAGCUCCAAGAUCCUGCACCAUCAUGGCCUGAUUCCACAGAGCUCCAGCAAAAUCCUCCACCAUCUCCCACAGAGCUCCAACAAAAUCCUCCACCAUCUCCCACAGAGCUCCACCAAAAUCCUCCACCAUCUCCCACAGAGCUCCACCAAAAUCCUCCACCAUCUCCCACAGAGCUCCAGCAAAAUCCUCCACCAUCUCCCACAGAGCUCCACCAAAAUCCUCCACCAUCUCCCACAGAGCUCCAACAAAAUCUUCCACCAUCUCCCACAGAGCUCCAGCAAAAUCCUCCACCAUCUCCCACAGAGCUCCACCAAAAUCCUCCACCAUCUCCCACAGAGCUCCAGCAAAAUCCUCCACCAUCUCCCACAGAGCUCCAGCAAAAUCCUCCACCAUCUCCCACAGAGCUCCACCAAAAUCCUCCACCAUCUCCCACAGAGCUCCACCAAAAUCCUCCACCAUCUCCCACAGAGCUCCAACAAAAUCUUCCACCAUCUCCCACAGAGCUCCAGCAAAAUCCUCCACCAUCUCCCACAGAGCUCCACCAAAAUCCUCCACCAUCUCCCACAGAGCUCCACCAAAAUCCUCCACCAUCUCCCACAGAGCUCCAGCAAAAUCCUCCACCAUCUCCCACAGAGCUCCACCAAAAUCCUCCACCAUCUCCCACAGAGCUCCACCAAAAUCCUCCACCAUCUCCCACAGAGCUCCCACCUCAGCCUAUUUCCACGGAGCUUCAACCAAAAUCCUUACAAACGCUUGAACUCCGAAGUCCUGCACCAUCUGAAAAUGCAGAGCUUCAACAAGGUCAUCCAUCAUCUCCCAUAGAACAAAGUUCCUCAUCACCUUCAGCAGAGCUCCAGCACAUUCUUGUUCUGUCUCACACUGAUUCCACAGAGCUCCCACAGAAUGCACCAUUUCCCAAAGAUCUCCUGUCAAGUCCUGCACAAUCUCACACUGAACCCCCACAAAGUCCUCAACCAUCUGUCACGGAGCUCCCACAGAGUGCUGUAAUUUCCCAUCCUGAUCCCAUGGAGCCCCAACAAAACGUUGUACCUUUGACUGCACCUUCUGUCAUAGAACUCGAGCCAUCUCCCUCUUGUCACACAGCAUCCCAUCGUAAUCAAGAAGAGCUCCAUCCUGAUGUGGCAGAGUUUAGAAUAAGCUCCUCACCGUCUUGCCCUGAUCUUGCAGAGGCCCAUGAAAGUUACUCAGCAUCCCACUUGGAUUCCACAGAUGACCAGAAAAGCUGGACCCCGUUACACCUUCAGCAGAGUCCUGCACAGUCUCACUCUAAUCUGGCAGAACUUGAGGAAAGUACUGAGCAGAAUUCCACAGAGGAUCAGUUCAUGGACACAGAAUCUCAGCAGAGUCCAGUACAGGGUGGUCCCAUGGCUUGUACCCUUGCACAUUUUCUACACAGCCCUUCACCUCACAGUCCUAUCAAAUCAGGGCUGACUCCUCCCAGGGUGGAGCUGGGGACAGAGCAGGCUCGGCGCAGCCUUCCACCAGACAGUCCUGCACAGGACAAUGCUAUGCAGCUCAGUGGAUCACAUAGUCCCAGCCUCACAGCCUCACAGCCUCAGCACAGUGCUCUACAAACGGACUGUAGUCCUGUGCAAGCUGGCAUGAGGAACCCCUCACAGGACACUGAAUCUACACUGGACCAGGAGAGCCCUGGAUUGAGCAGCCCUACUCUGCAGUAUGGGGCUGCACAGGACACGUCUACACUGGACCAGGACCUCUCAUCGGCAGCAAGAUACGCCUCAGCUCCAUGUAGCCCAUCGUCACCACCACUCAGACCUAAACGGUGCAGUCUGUCCCAACCUGCCAGCCCUGCUCAGGCUCUCCGGUCUUCACAGCUUAGCUUACAUACUUUAGAACUUGCUGCACAUUCAACACUCACACAGGAGUCCACCCAUGCCACACAACCUGACUCCUUGAAACAAUGCCCUUCUAGCCCUGAUGGCCAAACACUGGAAAAUAACCCUCCUCCCCUUAACCACACCUCUAGCCUGGCCACAGUGCCCCCUGAAAGUAGCACGCUCAGUCCCGAUCAUUCCAGUCCCCCUCAUGUCCUAGAUUUCCAGACACCAGAAAGCCUUUUUCACAUUAGCACUUCAGCCAAACACAGUAGCCUAGCUUGCUCACCUUGUGCCGGUGAAAUGGAGGAAGCUCCUCCCCCAGCUAGCCUAAUUCAUCAGAAUCUUCACAACACCCCAUCGCUCUGCAUGGAAGUUGUUGAAGGAGCUAGCCCCACACAUAACCAGGCCAGCUCAGCUUGUGCCAGCCCCACUCGUGCUUACCAGAUGCCUACAAGCCCAACCAUGUGUCUUGAAGGCCACCCUAGCCCUGUGCCAGGGGAGAGUAGCCCAUCAGCAGUGCUGGCUGAACCCAUCCACCUUGCCUCCUGUCAGGAUGAGGAGAUGGAGGUAGCUACCAUCCAGCCAAGUGAUGGUGUUCAGUCAGAACCUAGUCCCAGUCAACCAGACAGUCCUCAGCCUGACCCUGCUUACUCAGAAGUCACCGGUGGCAUUGUUUUGUCAGGUCAUGAGCAUGCUCAGGAGACAGAAAGUCCACCUGGUCAGUCAAGUCGGCCACAUAUCCAGAUUUCCUUCAGUACUUCACACCUGGCUGCAGUACAGCCGUCAAGCCCUCCACCAGCUUCUGGUAGUUCAAGUCCUCCACACUGUACACUGAGUGAUACCGGCCCAGAGAGGAGUCCUGUUCGUGCUGAAACAUAUCCCUGUUCUGCUAGUGUAGCUGAUGUCCACACCAGUCAUAGCCCAGUUAGUCCUGCUGGUCAGGCUAGUCCUGCUCAUGUAGUAGUAGCUCACUCAGGCCCAGUGCAGAUACAAACUUCCUCAUUAGCUAGCACAACUCAUAGCAGCCCUGCACAUGCUGCUUUUGCCAGUGUUAGCCCACCUCACAGUCUGGCUCCUGACACUGAAAGUAGUACUGGCCUUACUGAGGCAUCACUGAGCCCCACUAGUCCUGAUGUGGACACAGUUGCUCUUUCCAGUGGGGCUCAGCCUGAUAUGGGUGCUGAUAAACCUGCAGACUGUAUCAGACAAACAAGUCCUGCUGCCUCUGUACCCGACGACUCUGCUGCUGUUAGCCCCAGCCAGAUUAGUCAGAACCAAGUCAGCCAGUCCCCAGCUGGUACUGCAGUGGUCCCCAAAGAAAACCACCAGUGCACUGCCUCACCAAGCCCCCUCAUCCCCACUGAUGCUACUUACACUCAGGCCAGUCUGAGUCCUGCUAGCCCUGUCCAUGCUAGUCCCACUCAGGAUAACACUGCGAUGCCUAGCUCAACCUCUCCCAAUGAGGCACCUCUUAGUCCCACAUGCCCCGCCCCCUCACAGAUUAGCCCUUCUCAAACAGUCUCUUUUGACACUCUGCAGGUUCAGCGUAGUCCCUUACACAGCCCAGGUCAAAGUUCUACAGGUGUUCAUAUGGAUCCAGGUUUUAAACAGAUCACCACAAGUCCAGGCUCCGUGAGUCCUGUGCAGGCAGAGCCUGGUGUCAGACCUGCUUCUGCCAGCCCGUUCCACUGUGAAGCCAGUCCUGCUUGUGAUUCAAUUAACCCUGCUCCCUCAAUAACCAGCCCAAGUCCUGGUCCUGUUAGUCCCGUGAAGCCAGAACAAGGUCCUGGACCUGAAGGGAUGUCUGAUGGCACCAUGGACACACUGAGCACAGAGGAGCAGCAGGAGGAGCAGCCUGAACACACAUCACAGGAGAGCCUAGCAGAGGAGCAGCCUGUGGAGAGGAGCGAGGGAGGAGAGGAACAAAACCAGAAGGUUCUGCCCAGUAGCUCCAGCGGUCUUAAAGGAGUCCAGGAGACUCAGUGCCCCGCCUCCCCCGUACCCACGCAGCAACCUGUGUCCUUCCCUUUGCCCUCAUCACCUCCAUCUGUGGGAGCUGGCUCCCUGGAGGCCUCCCCCCACCGUCACUCCCAGCCCACCAUUGUAGAGGGCCUCCCACAGGAGGAAAAGCUUCCCAGUGACUUUGGACAUACGGUGGGGCUGAAGGACCAAUCGCCUCUUUGUCACAUGACAUCAGAGUGUGAUGGGGGUCAGUCACAGAUCCUAUAUGAACCUGUUGCUUUGGUAACAGAACCCACCGAAGAUGAGCACCAAUCACAAGCUGAGCCUUCACAGGAGGAGGAUCUUUCUGAAACAGUUCAGCCGUCAGAUGGUCAGCCAAUCACUGAGGAGCACUCAGACAUGGAGGAGGAGCCAGUGAGCCCUGUGCUGGACUUGGACCCCUCUUUAGACAGAGAGGUGAUGGAGCUGAUGACAUCAUCGCCUCCCCCGUCCCUUCUGCACCUGUCCUCGCCAUCCUCAUCGCCGCUGCUGCGCAGAGGGAAGGGUCGCACCCUGAGGCCUCCUCCCUGCUCCCCCCGGCUGUCUGAUGACCUCUCCAUCCGCCUCAGACAGUCUCCCUUCUCCACUGAGGCCUCCCCAGAGACCUCCCCUGCAAGAGUGCCCAUCACGCCGCCGCCGCUCACCCCGCCUUUGCCUUCUCUCAGGACUUCCCCCCUAGCUAGAGAGUCUCCACCUCUCUCUAAGGCUCCUCCCACCACCGUGCUCUCCCUCACCCCAAAAAUCGGCAUGGGGAAGCCUGCCAUCUCUAAGAGGAAGUUCUCUCCUGGCAGAGCCCGGGUGAAACAGGGCACGUGUUGGAGUAGUCGCAGGGCGGUCAGCCCCCUCUCGUCCUCCCAGGAUUCCACGGGAGAGGGAGGGUGGGACCCUAAGCCCCGCCUGCAGGACUCCCUGCUCUGGAGCAUGAGAGUGGGUCGUGGUUCCGGGUUCCCGGGCAGGAGGAGGUCCAGAGGAGGCGGCAUCGGAGGAAGAGGGGGGAGAGGAAGAAGCCGACUGAAGACUCAGGACAGCGUGACUGUGUCACCGGGAGCUGCGUAUGUGGAGGCGUUCACAGCAAAGGAGGACGAGGAGAACUCGAUGCACAACACCGUGGUGAUGUUCUCCACGUCGGACCACUUCACCCUCAGACAGGACAUGUGUGUGGUGUGUGGCAGUUUCGGGCAGGGCGCUGAAGGUCGGCUGUUGGCGUGCUCUCAGUGUGGACAGUGUUACCAUCCUUACUGCGUCAACGUAAAGAUCACUCGGGUGAUUCUGACCAAAGGGUGGCGCUGUUUGGAGUGCACGGUGUGCGAAGCCUGCGGUGAGGCCAGCGACCCUGGACGACUGUUGCUAUGUGAUGACUGCGAUAUCAGUUACCAUACCUACUGCCUGGACCCGCCCCUCCUCACGGUGCCUAAAGGAGCCUGGAAGUGCAAAUGGUGUGUGUGGUGUGUGCAGUGUGGCUCCGCCUCCCCCGGGCUGCGCUGCGAGUGGCAGAGUAACUACAGCCUGUGCGGGCCGUGCUGCAGCCUAAGCCACUGUCCCGUCUGCCAGCGAGCGUACCUGCAGGACGACCUCAUCCUGCAGUGCCAGCAGUGCGACAGGUGGGUCCACGCUACGUGUCAGGGUCUGACCACUGAGGAGGACGUGGAGGCCGCUGCUGACGAAGGAUUUGACUGUUCGCUGUGCAGGACGCACGGACGCAGCCCCUACGGGAGGACGGAGUUGUUGGCGCCCUUCAUGGCUCAGAUCGUCUCCAGGAUCAGGGAACCCGACUCAAAGACGUACGCUCAGGACGGGGUCUGCCUGACCGAGUCGGGCCUGUCUCACCUGCAGUCUCUGGUCGAACCUCUGACGUCGCCGCGCAGGUGGCGCAGGUGUAAACCCAAACUGAAGCUGAGGAUCAUCAACCAGAACAGCGUGUCCGUCCUGCAGACUCCAGUGGACGCCGAGCUGGACCAUGGCAGAGCUCCGCUCGACUGCGAGAUGAAAUCUGACUCCAGCCCCGAACGAGAUCACGUCCAAGACGAUGACGUCACCAAGGAGCCCGAUGUCGCUGACGGCAACAAGAAGAGGAAACGGAAACCCUACAGGCCAGGUAUCGGCGGCUUCAUGGUGCGUCAGCGUGGCGCCAAGGCAGGGGUGGGUCCAAACCGCAUCAAGCUGUGCAGGAAGGAUUCGACGGAGAUGCUGCCGGGCCGGGAUGAAGACGUUGCCAUGGAAAUGGCACCCACGAUCACUGACCAGACAUCAGAGAAGUCGAAGAAGAGGUACAGGAAGAAGAAAACGAAGCUGGAGGAGACCUUUCCCUCUUACCUGCAGGAGGCAUUUUUUGGUCGAGAUCUUCUCGAUCGAAGCCGACAGGUGGACAGGGGGGCGGGGCCAGAAGCAGCAGCCAGUAGCCAACCAAGACCAGCGACAAGUAACCUGAAAGGCCCAACUCCUGGAUUUCAGGCCCCUCCCCUCUCUGGCGCCAGCACGAAGGUGGCAGCGCUGCCCGGGUCGGAUGGCGGUCUCGUGGAUCUGUCAGACAUCCUGAACACCGACCCUCACAUCCUCGCCACCGGACACACAGGUCAGUUCCAGGUGGAGCGCUCCCCGUCUCCAUUUGCAGGUCUGGACAUCAGCUCUGUGGCGCAUGAUGCCUCUUUGACUUCUGAGCCAAUGGGAAGCAGUGGGCGUGUCCAGAGGGCAAUGCAGGAAGAGCCUCUGGACGCCAUCUUGAGUCCUGAGCUUGAUAAGAUGGUCACUGAUGGUGCCAUCCUUAGCAAGCUCUACAAGAUCCCAGAGCUGGAGGGAAAGGACGUGGAGGAGGUGUUCACUGCUGUCCUCAGUCCAGACAGCAGCAACAGCCAAUCAGAGCAGAGUCAGCACACACAUGCGGCUGCUGGGAGCAAGAUGCACAACACAGGUGCCGUGCCGUUUCCUCGCCUCCCACUGAUGAACGGCCUCUCACCAGCUGCUCCUCCUAUGAUGCCCGGUGUCCAGGGUCCAGUCAGCUUUAGGGUCCUCCCUACCGAAAACCCCGCCCCCAUCCAGGGCCCCACCUCUGCAUUAGUUCCAGUCAAUCAGCAGGCUCCAGCUGGUGAGGGCGAGCAGGAUGCGCUGUCAACGGCUCAGAGGAGCACGCUGAAGUGGGAGAAGGAGGAGAGUCUGGGAGAGAUGGCCACCGUCGCUCCGGUGCUCUACUGCAACACCAACUUCCCCCAGCUUAAGCAGCAGUACCCAGACUGGCCCACCAGAGUGAAGCAGAUCACCAAGCUGUGGAGAAAGGCCAGCGCUCAGGACAGAGCCCCCUACGUGCAAAAAGCUCGGGACAAUCGAGCGGCUCAACGCAUCAACAAAGUGCAGCUGUCCAAUGACCCGCUCAAACGCCACCCGCCCUCACAGCAGCAGCUGUCCGCGCCGCUGGGACCCUUUGACACUGUUUCCAUGGAGAUAGAGAUGCCGUUCAAGGACCCGCUGAGGCCCAAGGAGUCGGAGCAGGAGCAGGAGUGGAAGUUCAGACAGCAAAUGCGUCAGAAGAGCAAGCAGCUCGCCAAGAUGGAGGCCACCCAGAAGUUGGAGCAGGUGAAGAAUGAGCAGCGGCAGCAGCAGCAGCUUCUGGCCAGCCAGCGCCUCUCAGGCCCCCAGUCGCCUGAAUCUGGCAGCCUCAGCCCCGUGUCCACCGGAGGAAGCGCCUCCCCUCACCCGGGUCUCAGGGAGGGUCAGCCCAGGCAGCACCUCCUGCAGGGAAGUUCUGGACCAGCGGACGACAUCUUCCUCCGGCCUCAAGCACCGCCCCCUUCUGGCUUUUCCUCACUCCCUCAAUCCCCACAUUCCUCCUCUCCCCUCCACCAGCCAGCAUCUUCCCCCCAGAUGUUCUCUCCCCCCUCCUCCCGCCCUUCCUCACCCUGGGACCCCUACAGUAAGGUUAUAGGCACUCCUCGGCCCUCCUCUUCCCAGUCUGGAGGCCCCGCAGCCUCCCAGCAGCAGCAUCACAGCUCCCUUAGCACCUCCCCAGCCCAUGAUGUCGUAGGCUCUCCUGCUCCAUCCCCCGACUCCAAAACACCUGACAUCUUCAGAAGCCUCGGGCCACAACCAGGUAACCCCACCCCCGACCCUUCAGUCAGACAUGCCGGCAUCCGAGUGGCCGAAGCCUACCAGAAGACGAACGUGCGAGUCCCUGCGCCCGAGUCAUGCAGUCGUCAACUGCUCCAGGGUGGUGUGUUUAAGGCCCCCAUGCCCCCUCAGCAAGAGGCAUUUGGUGGUGGAGGAGGAGCAGGGAGGAAGGACCUGUCAAGUUUUGCCCCCCCUCCUUCACAGGAGCCUCCCUUCCCCUCCAGCCCACUGUCAGGUCUGGGCUCCCCCCACCGUAGUCCCUACGCCCAAGCGCCCGGCACGCCCAGACCAGAUUACACUCAGCAGAUGUCCGACCCCUUCACCCAGCAGUCACCUAUGACCUCCCGGCCGUCUCCGGAUCCCUACACCAACCCUCAGACCCCUGGCACGCCGCGUCCCCACUCUGACCCCACAUACCUCACCACACCGCCUGCGCUGAGACCAGACCAGUACAACCAGCAAUCCAUGAGCCGCCGUCCGUCCCCCUCUCACCCAACCCUCGAUCCCUACGCCUCCAACCCGGGCACACCCCAUCCAGCUGUCAUCGACCGCUUCCCCCGAUCACCAGGGAGUCAGCGGGCCGGCGACCCCUACGCACAGCCCACAGGUACACCGCGACCCUCGCCGGAUCCCUACGCCCAGCAGCCCUCUACACCACGACCCCAGAAGACCCACGAGCCAUUCAGCCAAACCCCAGUCGAGAGCUUAGCUCCUCAGCCUGCAGCUUCCGCUUCAUCCCCUCUGGCUCCAGGAGACCCAGGGACCUUCACCCCAACGCCCCACCAGUUACAGCAGUCACCAGGAAGACAACAACAGGACUCAUUUCCCAGAACCCCCAGCAGCCACACCCCAAAGCACCCUGAGAUAUCAGAAGAGAGCUUCUCUGCUUUAGCCAGUCACACUCCGGGUCACGAUCCGUUUGAGCAGGGUCACAUGACACCAGGCCGAUCGCAAACCGACAAGACGGCAACCACUGAAAUGUCUGCUUUAGACGGGUCGAUGAGCGUGCUGCCUCAGCUUGGUGACUCAGGGGAGAAGCUGAGACAGCGUCAACGGCUUCGGGAGCUCAUCCUGAGACAGCAGCAGCAGAAGAGCACGUUACGUCAGGAGAAGGGUCUGCAGGAACCGGCUCCUGGACUUGCUGCACCCCCGGCUGCUCCGACAGGAUCCUCCCCUGGUUCUGGCACACCUCUUCACAACUGGUCGCAGGACGACUCCUCCAGCUCCACCUCCACCGCUUCCCCUGUCCAGACAGACCCAUUUGGGCGCCCUCCGCCCCCGUAUCCUGGCACGAUACGGCCUGCCGGGGCUCCAGCCCUGAGGUUCCCUGGAGGGUUCCCAGGAGAACAGCAGAGGGGUUUUGCGCCCACCGAGGCUUCUUUCCCCAGACAGAGUCUCCCCAGAGAGCUGGGUGUCCAAGGACCAGGAUCGAGGUUUGGAGCUCCAGCUGGCCUCCAUGACACUUUCCUGCGUGCACCCCUAGGAUCAACGCCUGCCUCUGGGCUCGGUGCUGUGGAGGUUCGUGUUCAGAUGAGGAGGCCAGUGCCCGGGGACUUCACCGCCAUCCGUCCCCACGGGACUCCAAACGCUCACCCGCACAUGAUGCAAGGUGUCCCCCAGCCCUUCCUCCCUCGCUCUCUCCCCAUCCAGCAGCACAGCAUCAUGGGACAGCCCUACAUUGAGCUUCGACAUCGCGCUCCAGAGAACCGCCUGAGGCUGCCCUUCUCUCUUCCUUCAGACCCCCACCCACCUGCCAUCAGACCUGGUCCUGGGGCCAGGAUGGGUGAGACGCUGAUGGCUCAGCAGAUGAUGAUGGCAGGCGCCGUGGAGCAGCUGAACCAGCAGGAUCCUCAGCAGCAGCACCUUGGCCACACGGCGGCUCUGACUCAGACCGGCGAGCCGGCACUCUCGGGAGCCGAUGGAAUCGAGGAGCACCUGGAAGGGGAGGACUCGGCUGUGAAGGACCUGGAGGAUGUAGAAGUGAAGGAUCUGGUUGACCUGAACCUGAACCUCGACCCUGAAGAUGGUAAAGAAGACCUGGACCUGGGUCCCAAUGACCUCCACCUCGAUGACUUCCUGCUGUCGGGGAAGUUUGACCUGAUCGCCUAUGCCGACCCUGAGCUCAACCUGGAGGACAAAAAGGACAUGUUCAACGAGGAGCUGGAUCUGGGCGAGCCAGCGGAGGAGAAGGAGAGCGGAGAGAGGAAGGAUGGAGUUUGUGGUUCUAGAAAGACCGACAGCAGCUCCCACCUGGUCGGACAGAUCAAACAGGAAGUGAGGGACGACAGCAAGACGGGGGCAGCUCAACCUGGGGUCCUCGCCACCAGCAAACCCCCGGGAGCUCUAGGACUUGAGGUUUCCUCUGUCCAUCACAUCAAGGAGAAGCUGGAGGACUCCGGUUCUGUUUCAGGGGCUUUGUCAUCCAUCAAGCCCCAGGAGCAGGUGCCAUCCAUGGGCAUGGUAUCCAGAGUUCAGCCCCCUGUGACCACAGGACAACAGCCUGUCUUCCAGCAGCAGCAGAGGCCUUUUGGGCCCCCCUCAUCCUCGCCUCAACUCACCCCCCACCCUCAGGCUGUCUCAGUGUCUCCUCACACCAGUCUGCCUCCUCAGGCCCCCCAAGGCCCGCCUCACCCACUGCCUCUCCAGCCUCCUCACCUCCUCCUUACCACUCAGACCGAACCUCCACAUAUGGGGACCUCCACGCAGAGCCAGACCCAGGUCCAGAACCAGAACAAACAAAGGCCUCUGCUUCUGGAGGAGCAGCCGCUUCUUUUGCAGGACCUCCUGGACCAAGAGCGGCAGGAGCAGCAGCAACAGAAACAGAUGCAGGCCCUGAUCAGACAGCGCUCCACCACAGACUCUGCGUUCCUUGGUGUGGACUUUGAUUCCAUUACAGACCCCAUCAUGAAGGCAAAGAUGGUGGCUUUGAAAGGCAUAAACAAAGUGAUGUCUCAGGGAAACCUGGGCCUGAAUCCCGUGGUCAUCAACAGGUUCCAGCAGCCUCCAGCAGCCCCAGGUCCCGAGGUCCCCCCUCAGCCUCCACACCUGGUAUUACAGGAGGGGACGGUGACCCCUCAGCUGGUGCAACCCAACCCCCCGAGCUUUGGCCCCGGGUUCAGCAAUGAGCCCAAGCGGCCGCAGUACGAGGACUGGCUCGGAGAGACGCAGCAGCUCCUGCAGAUGCAGCAGCGCCUCCUGGAGGAUAAGAUCGCUGCUCACCGCAAGACCAAGAAGGCUCUGUCAGCCAAACAGAGAACGGCCAAGAAGGCGGGCCGUGUCUUCGCAGAGGAGGACGCCGCCCAGCUACGCUACAUCAGCGAGCAGCAGGGAGUGGUCCAGAAGCAGCUAGAGCAGAUCCGGAAGCAGCAGAAGGACCACGCCGAGCUCAUCGAGGACUACCGGACCAAACAUCCUCAGAGGGGUCUGCAGCAGCAACCGGCACCCCCACUCCCUCAGAAGCUGCUCUCACAGCCCAUCGUGCCCCUGCAACCCCACCCAGGCGGCCCCGCACCGGCCCGUCUCCCAAAUGUGCCUCCCGGUUGGACUCCAGGGGGUGGGGCUCCAGGGGUGAUGGGGCAGAGGAUGCCGCCUCAUCAACCCCCUCAACUCCCCGCCGCCCUACCCAACAGCCCGCAAGUACCCCCACACACCCAGGCGCCCUCUGCUAUAGUGCCGGGCCUCGCAGCUCAGACGGCAGGCUUUACUGCCGCCUCCCGAGGCCCCACCGGAGGUCCCAAUGGAGCCACAGUGGAUGGAGCUGGCCCUGCCCCUCAGGUCAAGUUUGACGACAACAACCCGUUCAGCGAGGGUUUCCAGGAGAGGGAGAGGAGGGAGAGGCUGAGGGAGCAGCAGGAGAGGCAGCGAGUUCAGCUCAUGCAGGAGGUGGAGCGUCACCGCGUCCUGCAGCAGAGACUGGAGCUGGAGCAGCAGAGCCUCUUGGGGGCCUCCGUGCCUCCUGCCGCAACUCCGUCGGGUCCUCAGGUGGGACCGACAGCGGGUCCUGCCCCUGGAGGGGACGGUUUGUCUCAGAUGCCCUUUUUCAGCUCCGAGCUGCCCCAGGACUUCCUCCAGACCUCCAGACCUCGACCUCAGCACCACAGCCAGAUGGCAGUGACCUUUCCCCUGCAGGCGGGCCUCCGCCAAGGCUUCACGGCGAGGCCUCUACUCCCUGGAGCGCCCCCUGUUCCAACAGGUGAACCCCCCAUGAACGUGGCUCCUUCCAGCCUCCAGACCAGGCCGAGGCUGCCUGGCCUCACAGGACCCUCAGCCCCAGGGCAGGCACACCCAGCUGGGAUAGGAGCAGCAGGAAUGCCCUCCUCCCAUCCGGCAGGGCAGGGACAUCUAUUCGGACACGACUCCUCCUCUUCCUCUCCCUCCACUCCUCUGGCCACUUCCUUCCCCUGCUCCUCCUCUGGUGGCCCCGCCUCCCUCAUCCAGCUGUAUUCUGACAUCAUCCCGGACAAUAAACCGAAUAAGAAGAGGAGUAGGAAGAAGGACGGGGAGGAAGCCACAGGAGGAGGGGGGGCCAGGACGCCACUGUCCUCGCAAUCGGAUGACCUCACUGCCCCUCCCACCCCUGCUGUCUCUGACACUGCGUGCUCCACACCCACCUUUGGCAGCAUGGACCAAUCAGAGCUGUCUUUCCCUCAGAGCUCCUCCCUCUCUGGUCUGGCCCCAUCAUCAGAGCUGGAGAGGCAGCUGUCCAUCAUCUCUGCAGCCCAGCAGAGAGCCUCCGGGCUGGGCUCAGAGUGCCAGAGAGGGCCCCUGUCUGCUGCUCUGCUGAAGGUCAAGGAGGAGCGCGAGGAGGCCGCAGCCUGUGGAGCCAGGGUGGUGAAGAUGGAGGAGGGCCGGGCAGAGCCGUUCUCCCCCACGUCUCCUCAUCAGGCAGGCGAUGCAGGUAAGGAGCUGCUCAGACACCUGCUAAGGGACAAGACCUCCCCUGCCAACACGCCAUCGCCCAUCACCCAAGCUCCGCCUAUCGCCCGGCGACAGCUGUCCAGCGACGGCUGUCGAUCUGAAGAGGAAGAUGCACCUGGUUCCCAUGGCAACAUGGUGGUGAGGGACGGUCCUGCCUCAGAGCUGCUGGACGCCUUCGGCAGGAAGAAGACGCAACGCUGCAAGAGACCCGCCCGGCCCGACAAAGACAGAGCUCCUCCCAAGUACAAAAGGAAGAAGAAGGAGGAGGAGGAGAAGCUACUCCAAUCCUGCUCCACCUCUUCCUCCUCUGACCCAGUGGUGACACACCUCAGACAGCUGGCAGUGCUGCCCCUCAUGGAGCCGGUCCUGGGGGUGGAUCUCAGUCUGUUCCCCCCAUACGGCAGUUCCUCUCUGGGCCGAGACUCCAGGCUGAGCGGCUCCUUCGGCAACGCCUGCCUGGAUGGAGUCACCGACUACUACUCCCAGCUCAUAUACAAGCAGAACAACCUCAGUAACCCCCCCACUCCUCCGGCCUCCCUGCCACCGACGCCGCCUCCUGUUGCCAGGCAGAAACUGGUGAACGGUUUCGCCACGACAGAGGAGCUGACCAGGAAGGAGGUCGGCGAGCAGGAUGUGAAAGGUGUGUCUGCUCUGAAGCUGAAAGGGGAGGAGCUUCUCAAUUUAAACCAUCCCUCCAGGACAGUGGAUGUGCCUCCCUCCCUCCCAACCCCACCCCACAACAACCAGGAGGAGCUCAGGGUCCAGGACUCGUCAGAGCAAGAUGACCCCGACAGCUACAUUCCAUCGUCGUCCCCGGAGAGCGUGGCGGACAUAGAGAUCAGCCGGUACCCCGACCUGUCCUUCAUCAAGCUGGAGCCUCCCUCACCCUGCCCGUCGCCUACACUACCCAUGAUCCCCUGUGCUUGGGGGAAAGGCUCUGCAGUCAAACAGGAAGUGAAGACUGAGACCAACCAUCAGGGACUUCCUUCCUGCUCGAACACAGACCUGGUUACCAUAGCAAUAACCCUGAACCCCACUGCAGCCCAGAACGUUCCAGGAGUGAUGGCGGCGGUGGCGGAGCUGCUGCGGGUCCCCGUCCCUGUGAACUACCAGCUGAGCCGAGCGUCCGGUCCCGAGCAGAGCUCUCUGGCCCUGCUGGCGAGCGUGCAGGUGCCGCUGAUGCAGGGUUCAUCCGCCACAAAACAGAGAGCGGCCGCUACAGGAAACACAGGUGUCAGAAUGGACUUCAGCCAGCAGGGCGGCGCUGCCACCACCAGGCCUCAGUGCUGCAGCUACUGCAAGGUGUUGCUGGGAAACGGAGUCCGCAUUGUCAGGGAGCUCAAACAGGAGGGUCAGUCCGGACCCGGCUCCAGCUUGCUCUUCUGCAGUCCCAACUGCUCCACCCUCUACACCAACGACCUCCAGAGCAGGUCUGCAGGCACCAAGUCUGCAGUCCCUGUCCUGCUCUCCGGCUCCGAGUGCCCCCCUCCCACCAGGGUGCAGCACCAGUACACCAACAACAUGUCCUCCAUUGCCGUCCACGCCCUCCCCCGUGCUCCCUCCUCGCCUCCCCCGACAUCCUCCUCCACCCCACCUCUCUUCUUCCCAUCUGCCUCUGCCAUCACCAUGGAGACCAGGCCUCGCAUGGACAGCCUCAAGGUGAAGGUAAAGUUGAAGCCCCGCCCCCGGGCAGUCCCAGGUGAGGAGGACUCGCUGUCAUCGUGCCAUGGAAAGAGGAUGAAGAGUUCCCGCUGGCGACGCUGGAGUGUUAACAUCACACUGAGCAGGGGUACUUGCAUCUCUAAUGAGGCGGUUGCCUUGCCAACACAGGAUGAAGUGGACGAGCUGUUGAAGAACCUGGGGGCGUGUCUUCGUCCAGAACCAUUACCCAGAGACCAGCGCAGGUGCUGCUUCUGUCACCAGCAGGGCGAUGGCCAGACAGACGGACCGGCCAGGCUCCUGAACCUGGACUUGGAUCUGUGGGUGCACCUUAACUGCGCCCUGUGGUCCAGCGAGGUGUACGAGACUCAGGCGGGUGCGCUCAUCAACGUGGAGCUGGCUUUGAGGCGAGGACUGACGCUGCGCUGCGCUCACUGCCAGCAGACCGGCGCCACGAGCGGCUGCAACCGCCUCCGCUGCACCAACACCUACCACUUCACCUGCGCCUCGCAGGCCCAGUGCACCUUCUUCAAGGAUAAGACCAUGCUCUGCCACCUCCAUAAACCCAGGAUGGUUCCUCUCACCGGGGACAGGUCCUGCGGCAGCUCACCCUCCUCCACUCCCAGCUCUGCCCCUGACCCGGCGGCUGUGACGGCCUCUGACCCGUACGACUCAGAGCUGCGAUGCUUCGCGGUGUUCCGCCGAGUGUUCGUGCAGCGGGACGAGGCGCGCCAGAUCGCAGCCGUGGUGCAGCGUGGUGAGCGGCAGCACACCUUCAGGGUCGGCAGCCUGCUGUUCCGUGCCAUCGGCAGGCUCCUCCCACAGCAGAUGAGAACCUUCCACAACGAGACGGCCAUCUUCCCCGUCGGUUACCAUGCUAACCGUAUCUACUGGAGCAUGCGCCACAGCAACAGACGCUGUAAGUACAUGUGCUACAUCGAGGAGGAGGAGGGGCAGCCGCUGUUCAAGGUUAAGGUGGUGGAGAAAGGACACGAUGACCUCAUUCUGACCGGACCCACGCCCAAAGCUGUGUGGGAUCAGAUCCUGGAUCCCGUCUCCCAGAUGAGGACCUCCAGCGGGACUCUGAAGCUGUUCCCAGUUUACCUGAAAGGAGAAGAUCUGUUUGGUCUGACCACGUCUGCGGUGACCCGAAUCAUAGAGUCUUUACCUGGCGUGGAGGCCUGUGAGCGUUACACCUUUCGUUACGGCAGGAACCCCCUCAUGGAGUGGCCUCUGGCCUUCAACCCGUCAGGCUCCGCCCGUUCCGAACCCAAAGCCUGUCAGGCCAAAAGACCCUACCUGCUGGCCAGCAUCGCCCCCAGGUGUCAGGGCUCGGUGGGCUCCAUCGUGGGCCUCGUCCCCGGCGUCAUCUCUCUGUCUCCGGGCGAGUCCGUGGCCGGCGCUCACCAGGGACGCCACUCCAAGUCCUCGCAGUACCGCCGCAUGAAGGCUGAGUGGAAGAGCAAUGUGUACCUGGCACGCUCCCGCAUCCAGGGUCUCGGACUGUACGCUGCCAGAGACAUCGAGAAGUGCACCAUGGUCAUCGAAUACAUCGGGACCAUCAUCAGGAGUGAAGUAGCUAAUCGCAAGGAGAGGCUGUACGAAUCACAGAAUCGCGGCGUGUACAUGUUCCGGAUCGACAACGACUAUGUGAUCGACGCCACCAUCACCGGGGGACCCGCCAGGUACAUCAACCACUCAUGUGCUCCCAACUGUAUCACUGAGGUGGUGACUGUGGAGAAGGAGAACAAGAUCAUCAUCAGCUCCUGCAGACGCAUCCAGAGAGGAGAAGAGCUGUGCUACGACUACAAGUUCGACCUGGAGGACGAUCAGCAUAAGAUCCCGUGUCACUGCGGAGCCGUCAACUGCCGCAAAUGGAUGAACUGAACACACACACACACACACAGGCAGCUCGCUCUCUGUCGAUCGCCUCCCCUGUGGGCGGAGCUUAACUUCAUAUCAACACAGUGAUAAUAAUGAAAGUGAUUGCUUUGAUAACACAAGUAAUGAUAAUAAUAUUGAUGAUGGGGAUAACAGGUCAGGGUGGGGGUUAUAUAUGCGCAUGGGUGGGGUCAGAAGCUUGUUUCUGAGGGCGUAGCUGUGUUGGAGAGUGGGCGGGGCUUAAAGAGGCUGGUCCUCUGUGUAUAUUGUGUGUAAAAAUGAGCACAGAUGUAAAUUUGAGAUCAGAGAAUGUGUUGUCUUUAACUUGCACUAAAACACAAAAACAAGAAAAAUAGAGACUUUAUUCCCUGGCCCCGCCCACCCCACUCCUGCCCCGCCCACCUCCAUUUGUUAAUUUCCUGUAAAAUAAGAGUUUUUUUGUAUUUAUUACUGAAUGAAGCUAUUUUCUAAACCUGCGGUGCGUUCGAGGUCCGGCGUGGCGGUGUGUAAAUACGUGUACCAUAGAUGAGAGAAUUGCACACAGAGUUUAAGAAGCCCUCCACCAUCCUCACAACCGCCGAUCAGCUGCAGCGUUUCAAGUACAGUUUGUGUUGCUGACCCGGCACCGCAUCCCGAUUGGACGGACUGUGAAGCGAGUCGGGCAGGCGUCACCGCGGCCUUCAGGCGCCGAGUCCCGCUGCCGUGUACAUAGGAGACUGCUGAUGUGUACAGAGACGACACGAAGCCUUUUUUAUUAUUACUGGACGUAACCGUGACGAUGAAGAUGUUUGUUUUUGGGAAAUAUGGUGACUCUGAUUUAGAAUCAUUUACAGAAAAAUAAAAUAUUUUACAUGUUG